AUGGAGGACGCCAGAAAUAUUAUAACCGCCGACGGCUGGACAAAAUUCCGUGGCCGUGCACAACAUAUAUUUAGCACCUUCCCCCUCAUUACGCUUCAUUCCGAUCCCGGGGCAUCUGUGAGGGAAUGGCAAUGGCAAUUCGCACAACUCCUAGACUGGGCAGAUAGCGUUGGCUACGAUGAUAAAGCACAGAGAAGCGGCGUUUCUCUAAAGGACAUGCUCGACGAAAAUAAUCUUAUUGACCAGAAUGUUAUCCACCAACUUGCCAGGAUCAAUGCUUUGUCCGUGGAUCUAGAAAUUACUUUGCGCGGCCCGGUCGAACACAAACCAGAUGAAAAGAGAAAAGAUGAGCAGAAUGAAGGGGACGAAGGGGAUGAAAUAAAAGAAGAGAGGGAACAGAAAAGCGAAUCCCAUUCCCAGUUUAUAGCACACGUCCAGCAUCUCUACAUGACGUUCCAAAACGCCAUCACCCACCUUUUCGAAUCAACAGAUGAACUUAUGCAACGAGCCACCGCCAAUGAAAAAUCGUCAGAUCCCUCGUAUGGGAGUUCGACGGAUCUCAAACCCGACUCUGAGUCACUCGACGAAUUCGCUUCUGGAAAAUCUGAUGCUAUGGGACCUGACACCGGAGAACCCCAGCUUGGGGGAUCCAUGGAUCAUGAAGCAAGUGAUGAGCAGGAACCUGACCCUGAAUAA